AUGGCAUUCUUUCCUAUUCAUCGUUAUCGCCGUUUCGACGAUCCAUUUGAUCGCUUUUUUGGUGAUCAACUUGAUUUCUUCGAUCCAUGGCGUGAUUUCGACACAUUUCCAACUGCACUAACAGCUCAACCAAAUGCAUUUCGAUGGGUUAAUGAACCACUUCGAUUAACACAUGGUCAGCAAAAUGUUGAACCAACAUCACCUGCACCUCAUGCAGAGAAAUUCCGUACUCAACUUAAUAUUGCUGGUUUCAAUCCAGAAACUAUUAAAACAAGAGUCGAAGGUCGAAAAGUAAUUGUCGAAGCUAAACAAGAAGAUCGACAACCUGAUGGUGAUUUUAGUGUUCGUGAAAUUCGAAAAACAUAUGAACUUCCGGAACAUGCUAAUGCAAAUCGUAUGGCUUCAUAUGUAACACCAAACAAUAUGUUAGUUAUUGAAGCACCGAUCGAAAAUCCUGAAGCUGAACGUCGACUUCAACAAGCACGAAAUGACAAUCAAAGCUUGACUCAAUUUGGUCAAUAUCGUGAUCCACUCUUUGAUUAUGCUGGUUUCUUGGGUGGUUCAGACUUUCAACCGCGUAUUGUCGAUAAAGGAAACAAUCAAAAACAAUUAGAAAUGGCUGUUGGAAUGAAAAACUUUCGACCAGAAGAAAUCAAAGUCUCAGUAAAAAACAAUGAACUCAUUGUUCAAGGUGAACAUCGACAUCAAGAUAAGAAUCGUUCUGAACGAUCAUUCUUCUUCAAAUCAACAGCAUUACCACCUGGAACACAAGUCGAUCAUCUUCAAUCUCAUUUAACUGAUGAUGGUCAUUUAAAGAUUGAAGCACCAUUUGUUGAACAUAAAGAAGGGCAACAAUCAAUUGAAAGUCACAAAAACUAA